AUGGUUUGGGUUCAAUUUCCGGGUCUCAGUUUGGAAUAUUGGGAUGAAGAAACUCUAUUUACUAUAAGCAGAGCAAUUGGUACUCCAAUAAAAGUUGAUGCAGCAACAUUACAAUUCCAGAGUGGUUAUUAUGCAAAAGUUUUGAUUGAGAUUGAUCUGGCUAAGUCAAUUCCUAACAAACUAUGGAUAAUUACUAAAUAUGGAGCUUUUUCUCAAGGAGUAAUUCUCACCAAACUCCUUAAAUUUUGUACUAAAUGCAAAAUUGUGGGUCAUCUAACUACUGAAUGUAGAGCUUCACAACAAUCUUCAAAAGAAGGCAAUCCCAAUCAAAUUGAGAAAGAAAUUAUUAUUGAACAAAAUCAAAGAUCUACAUCUUCAAGUUUGAUGCCUACUGAGCAACAGCCCUCCAGUCAAGCUCAAAAUCAUUAUACCUCUGGUAUUACUCCUAAUCCUCUUAGUAUUAUGGACAUGGCUAAUUCUGUCCAGGAUCCUAAAUUUUCUAUGAAGAAUAUUUCUAAUGAAGUUACUGGUAUAAAUCCUGCCCUGGAAGUUAUCAAUCCUACUGUUGGAAUCAAUACUACAAGUAAUCCCUUUGAAGUGUUACUUGAGAAUAAAAAUGAUCUCACUGACUCUGAAGAUGGCGAAAUCAAAGAGGUUAGUGCAUCUAAUCUCUUAGAAUUUGGUUCUAUUUCUCAAACUAUUACUGUUAUUCCAAAAACUUCUACUAGUCCCUGUUAG